AUGCCCUCGCCCCCAACAGUUGUCGCCGCGAUCUCGAACCCAGCCCGGACCGCUCCAGCACUGUCGAGCACACCGCCCGCGACGACAACACUAUCGGACCAUCGCUACAACUCUCUGUCGCCCAAGUCUGUCGCCCCGAGACCCGCCGCCAACUCCACGGCCACCGCCAGCAGGAACCAUUAUUACAGCUCGGCUUCUAAUAACAGAUCUGCCGCCAAUACAGCACAUCCUAAUAGUCAACACAUAGCUUCCACCAUUGCCCUCCCCGCCCAGACCUUUUCCGCCGCCUCCCUCCCGCGAACCUCGUCGCUGCUUCCCCCGCCGAGAAUAGCCCCCGAGUCGUCUGAGCAGCCGCAGCCGCACCCCCACCCGCACCAGAAGCCGACAUUCCAGAACCCGUUCAAUGCUGCACAGCCCAUUGUCUUGCUGAACGAUCUCGAUCCCCCGCCGCCGAGGCUUUCCUCGCGCGCGAGUAGCGUCGGCGGCCCGACCGACGGCAUCCGCAACCUCAAUCGCUGGUCCGCCUCGACGACAUCGAGCCGAGCCUCCCCUACCGGCCAUCAAAAGUCCUCGAGCUUCGGCCGCUCCCGGAAUACGAGCGUGGAUAUCGUCGGAGGGGUACAAAGUUCGCCGAGGAAGCUGCACAAGAGCCCGCCCGCGGCAUCGGGUGCAACUGUUCGACCGCCUGCCUCGAGCCGAGUCCGCCAGGAAUCGCCCGUGACCGUCCCACCGUUCCAGGCACUCCCUCAAAUCGCCAGCCUACCUUCGCUGGAACGCGAUUUCCAAGGUGGUAAUUCUCCCGCAUCAUUACCUCCGCCCAGACCUCAACGAGAAGCUCCCACUCGCAGCGCCAGCGACGACGCGGGAUUCCACCGGGGGAAUGGUUCAGGUUCAAACCCAGGGGACACAUCGGUUCUCUCAGACCGCAUAAGUAGUAGCACAGGAUUUGCUCUCCCAGGGAGCGUCCCACAGAGCACCAAGAUGCUGUAUAACCCAAACGGCGAGAAUGGGGGUCACUCGCGCAGUCGAUCGGGGGGAACGAGAAGCAACAGUGAUACGACAUCGCAAUCCAAGAGUCGGGACCGCUCCGGCAAGCAUCCGUCUCAGAAAGCCAUGCUCUCCAAGGCAUUGCAAAAGGCGAACAUGGCCGUACAGCUCGACAACGCUCAGAACACAGAAGGCGCAAGAAGGGCUUAUUCAGAAGCUUGCGAACUGCUCCAGCAGGUCCUUGCGAGGACGGCUGGAGAGGAGGAUCGAAAGAAGCUCGAGGCCAUUUACAAGACAUACACUAGUAGGAUAGAAGAGCUUGAUCAACAAAUUCCAGGACCCCCUCAGGACGAGAAAGCCCUCCCGCGACGGCCCCCAGGCAAUGCGCAGCCGAACUUGGACGUCGGAAUAGCGAUCGACGACGACGAAGAAGCAGUUAUCGAGACCGCCACUGCCACGAGAGUUGGCCGAGACCGAUACAAUGGCAGAGACGCUCAAACAAUACCCAGUUACUCGAUGUGGGACGGCCCCUCGUCCUACCUCUCAGACCAACAACAACAAUCCCCCCCAACGAACUUGUCCCGGCCUCCGCGCGGCAUUGAUAAUGGACUGGCCCUACAACCGACUCGCAAUACCUACCUGCCCCCACCCUUAUCACCACGAAGGCCAUACUCUCCCGCCAAACCCGCUGAGCAGGUGCCCGACGAUCCCCCCUUCCGCGGCGAGAUCUCCUCGACAAACAGAUUAGCUCCGGCUCCUGGUGCAAUGAUGCACCAGCGCGGCCUCAGCCACGAGUCGGUAUCGUGGCUAGACCCCAUCGAUGAGUCCGGGGGCUCGUCGGCUUCGUCCGUCCAUUCCCGCUCCUCGUCUCUGCGGAUCAGGAGGAAGCAUAUCCGCCCGGUAAGUGGCAAUACGGAGGCCGAAUUCGAUGCUGCGUUGGACGAUGCUAUCGAGGCUGCCUACGACGAGGGAUACGAACCGGAUAAUCUCGCGGAUCACGGCAAGGAGACUUACGAGGAACAACCCGAGGAUGCCGUAGCAAAGGCGCUGAGACGCGUGCAGCUUGCGCGGGAGCGGGUUCGAGAGUCUGAACGCGAGGCGUUGGAGCUGGCAAACGAACGCGAGAAACGCUUACGGCUUCAGCAGCAGCUCGAGGACGAGGAACUACGGCAACAACAGGACCAGUCGACAGUGAUGGAGGACUUCUACGACGGCAACGAUUCCGAAGAGGAGGAAAGGCUAUUGGAGGAGAUGACCCAAGGCUAUGCCAUCGAGCACUUUGCCUUUGGCCCGCAGUCCAAGGCGGCCGUCCCGCGGGAGUCGGACUCGAGCUGGGCGACAAGCCGCACGUUCCACAGUUCCAUGGGCUCCAAUCCCCCAACCGCCACGACGAUUCUCACCACUGUGAGUGAGGAUGCGAUCAUGUCGAGUCAUUCCAAGCCUCCGACCCAACGGCCACCACCGCCCCCGACCCAGGCCUUACCACUCCUGCCCGGAACCCCCGGGACGCCACUUUCAGCCGCCUCCCAAAGCUCGUUCAGCUCGAACGGCCAGGGCGUGCGGAGUCGGCGACUGUCAGGCCAGAAUGCAAAGCAGCUCAAGAUCGAGACGACUAAACUCCAGCCGCCCACAUCUGCAACGGGCGGACCCACCUCUACGCAGCCGAAGACUGCGGGAUACAUUGUCCAGCAGAGACAAGCCCUCUCUGCGGGGCCGAACAGAACUGGCGGGCCCCAGUCAGCGAGGCCGGCGCCUUCCCCGGUUCCGGGGGCGAACUUGGGAGAUCCCGGUGCCGCACUAGCCACCCCCCCGUUUCCAACGAGUCUGACGAAUGAUGCGGAAGGACGGUCCGGAUCGCCAUCGGUAUCGCGGCCGCUCUUGAGGAAGAACUUCUCGUCUUCGAGCUUAAAGAGUCUAAGGUCGCGAAACCUGUCAAUGUCGAACAUCGACGAUGCGUCUGAUCUCUCUCCAGGGACGCCAUUGAGCACCCGCCUCCCGGCGCUGCCGAAUCUCCCUCCCCCACUCGCUGCUGCAUUCAAGGAUCGGGUCAACAGUACCUCUACAGGGGGACUGUACUUGUUCGAGAGCGACUUCCACUCGCCCCAGAGCCCCGGAUCGCCUGAUCCGCUGCUCACAGACUCGCCUGCUCCGCUCGAGCCCUGUCCGACGGAGGUCAUGCUCCGGCCAUUCUGGCUCAUGCGGUGUCUAUACCAGACCCUGUGCCACCCCCGCGGCGGGUAUCUGAGCAGCAAGCUUUUUGUCCCGCGAGACGUGUGGCGGGUCAAGGGCGUGAAGCUAAAGAACGUGGAGGAUAAGAUCUCGAACUGCGACUUGCUCACGGCGGCGCUGCAGAACCUCUCCCGCGUCGACACGUGCGACGCCGACGCGGUGCUCGAGGAGAUGCAGUCCCUCGAGGGCCUCCUGGAACAGGUGCAGGCCGCGCUGACGCGCAAGCUGGGGAGCGACGUCGGCGUCCAGGGCGCGAGCUCCCUGUUUAAGGAGGCGAGCGGGGUGGACAGCAGCGAGUCGGCGGCGGCGGUGCCCCGGUCGGCGAGCGUCGGCGGCAAGGGCAGCAGCUUCUCGUGGCGGCGGCUGCGGAGCAAGAACAGCUCGGCGGCCCUGGCCAGCGGCGCGGCGUACUCGGGCAAGGGCGGCAGCGGCGGGAGCUCCAACUCGAACUCGACCACUCCCAUAGACGGGACGGGCGGCAAGGACACGCUCCUCCCUAGUCUGCCAAUGACGAACCAUCCGGCGCGCCGGGUCCCCAAAAGGGAUGUUGGCAGUGCGCAGUUUGGGGGCCCGAAUGCACAGUAUAUGGCGUCGCUGGCGAAGUUGUUCGACGCCGCGCAGACAGUCGAUCAAAUCGCUAGGCAGGUUGAAGAUCCCGGCCUCCGACACGCGGACAAGACGCAGGUGGGCCUCGAACUGUGCACCAGACACGCGGCCGAGUUCUUUGGGUUCUACAUCUGUCGCUUCGCCGCCCAUCGGAGCCUCCAACACCUCGCGAAUGGCCUGAUCCCGAGCCCGAAGCCCUCCAGGAGUCAUUCGCCAGUUGUGGCACCGAGGAGCUACAGCACAACGAGCAGGGAAAAGGGCAGGCCCACGCCCUCGGAGCUCGAGGAGCGCAUCGCGGCCAUCCCGCUCGAUCGCUAUCGCAACUUCUGCAUCGUCGCACACAUCGACCACGGCAAGAGCACGCUGAGCGACCGCCUGCUGGAGCUGACGGGCACUAUCAGUGCGAGUGAUGGGAACAAACAGAUCCUUGACAAGCUCGACGUGGAGCGCGAGCGCGGCAUCACGGUCAAGGCGCAGACGUGCACGAUGCUGUACCGGCACCCGGCCGACGGGCUCGACUACCUGCUGCACCUGGUGGACACGCCGGGCCACGUCGACUUCCGCGCCGAGGUGACGCGGUCGUACGCGUCGUGCGGCGGGGCCGUGCUGCUGGUCGACGCGUCGCAGGGCGUGCAGGCGCAGACGGUGGCCAACUUCUACCUCGCCUCGGCCCAAGGCCUGGCCGUCGUGCCCGUCGUCAACAAGGUCGACCUGCCGACCGCCGAUGUCGAGAGGGCGGUCGACCAGCUGCGGGUGGGGUUCGACAUCGACGUCGGCGAGCGCGGCGAGAGGGCCGUGCGGGUCAGUGCCAAGACGGGGAUGGGGGUCGGUGAGGUGCUUGCUGCGGUUGUGGAGAGGGUGCCUGCGCCCGUCGGGAAUGUGGAUGCGCCGCUGAGGAUGCUGCUGGUGGAUAGCUGGUAUGACACGUUCAAGGGGGUGGUGCUGCUGGUGAGGGUGUUUGACGGCACGGUCAAGCCGGGGGACCAGCUGGUCAGCUUCGCGACGCGGAACAAGUACACUGUCGGGGAGGUGGGGGUGCAGUACCCCAACCAGGUGCCGCAGACGAUGCUGCGGGCGGGGCAGGUCGGGUACGUGUACUUCAACCCGGGCAUGAGGCGGAUACAGGACGCCAAGACGGGCGACACGUUCACGACGGUGGGCAGCGAGGCGAGGGUGGAGGCGUACCCCGGGUUCGAGGAGCCGAAGCCCAUGGUGUUCGUGGCGGCGUUCCCGACGGACCAGGGCAACUACGGCAAGCUGGCUGACAGCAUCAACCAGCUGGUGCUCAAUGAUCGCAGCGUGACACUGCACAAGGACCACUCGGAGGCGCUGGGCGCGGGCUGGCGGCUCGGCUUCCUGGGCAGCCUGCACUGCUCCGUCUUCCAGGACCGCCUGCGCCAGGAGCACGGCGCCGACCUGAUCAUCACGGAGCCGGCGGUGCCGAGCCGCGUCGUGUGGCGCGACGGCACCGAGACGGUCAUCACCAACCCGGCCGAGUUCCCCGAGCCCGAGGAGUCGCGCAUCCGGUCCGCGACCGUGUACGAGCCCGUCGUGCGGGCCACCAUGACGCUGCCCGAGGAGUACCUGGGGCGGGUCAUUGAGCUGUGCGAGUCGGCGCGCGGCGCGCAGCAGGGCAUCGACUUCUUCCACGCGACGCAGGUGAUCCUGCGGUACGAGCUGCCGACGGCUAGCCUCGUCGACGACCUGUUUGGCAAGCUCAAGGGCGCCACGAAGGGGUAUGCCACCCUCGACUACGAGGACGCCGGCUGGCGGGAGAGCCACCUCGUCAAGCUCAGCCUGCUCGUCAACAAGCACCCCGUCGACGCCGUCACGCGCGUCGUGCACUCGACCCAGGUCGAGAGGCUGGGGAGGCACUGGGUCGGCAAGUUCAAGGAGCACGUCGACCGGCAGAUGUUUGAAAUCAUUAUCCAGGCCGCGGUGGGCAAGCGCGUCGUCGCGCGCGAGACAAUCAAGCCGUUCCGCAAGGACGUCCUCGCCAAGCUGCACGCUAGCGACAUCUCGCGGCGGAGGAAGCUGCUGGAGAAGCAGAAGGAGGGGAGGAAGAGGCUCCGCGCCGUCGGGAACGUGAUCAUCGACCAAUCCGUCUUCCAGAAGUUCUUGUCCAAGUAA